AUGAGUGCUGUAGAGGUGAGUGGUUGCAUACGGAAUAGGGAAGACGAAGGCAUACAGCCUUACAAAAUAGAAAACAAAUACAACCUUCGCUUGUCAAAAAUGACCUUGCCGGAUACUAAAAACCCCUCUCGUGGCGACAGCAUGACACCGAUUGGACACGACCAAGACGGGAAUCUUGUAGACGAUCAAAACAUGAUCAUCAAAGCAUUCGAUCACAUCAUUAUCGAAAAGGACGACUGCAGCCCGGAAGAUGAUCAGCAGAUGAUCGCGAGAGCCUUUAACCAUGUUGUGAUAGAAGAGGACGAAUGGAGCGUUGUUCAACCAGCGAAAAAACGAGCGACCAAGGUUUCCUUCAACAGCACGCCCAUCCUCAUCCCCGCACCCUCUGAUCCAUUGCUACCAGACCUAUCACUAGCUACUUACGACGCUUCCGUAAAGCAAGAGACGCCUGAGCAUUUUGUCAACAGAGCCUUGGAUACUACCACGUACCAGAUCUGCGCGCCCUGUGAGGCUGGAGAACCCUGCAACGAGUUGGCCGCUUCGAGCAACUGCAGACUCAUUACCAUCGCUUCAAAUGUCCGCGAGAGGAUCUACUUGCAUUUGCGAACCACGACGUCGGCGAGGCUCGUAGCAAAACCAGCUAUCAGAUAUGCCAAGUAUGGAUUUCCGAUCGAUGCGUUUUUGAUCAACAAAGUGCUAUACAGAGAGAUGAAGCGAUGGAUCGUGAAGAACAACACCUUCAACCUCGUGGUGGGACACGAGAUUACUUCUGGUACUGUUGCGUCACCUUUUCUACGGAACUCUGGCUACGUUUCUUCACCUCCAUUAUGCUUAAUCACAAGUCUACAUUUGGUACUUGAGGUAGACCUGGAUAUUUCAUUCACAAGCGGCAAUACCAACGAUAGUAGCAUGAGCGUUUACGGAAGCCUUCGCAGGUUCUGCAGAUUGUUGAAGUGCACACCAAUGCCGCUUCUCAAGGAGCUGAAGCUUUCGAUUUACGAGAUAGUACCCCCCUUGAGACGUAUUCAUUUGACGUGUGAUGUCAACGAAAAGGACGUACUGAGUAGGUAUACCAAAAUUCUAGCGCCACUCUUUGAAUUGGGCCUAAAGAAAAGUCCUACUUUGGAAGACUUGGACGUAGUGUAUGGUGACGGAUACACCAUGGAAGGUGCAGACCCGGCAAAUUGGGAGGAAGCAGUUGACUAUAUCCGCCUGUGGAAGAGAGCCCUCCUCCAAGUUGGAUGCGAAAUGCACGUUGCCGCCAAGACAGGGCAAACUCAAUGCCAAGAGGAUCUUCAGCAGUAUGCAGCCAACGAGGCAACUUCAAACCCCCCUGGACCGGUUCUCCACCACAGAUCCACCUUUCCGUCGUCCUCUAACGCACUAGAAUAUGGAACAAGUACACCUGUGCCUAGACAAGCUAAGCAGAGCAAUCUGCUUAGAUAUUUCAAUGAAGGAGCAGCCGUAAUCUCACCUCCUAGACGCCUCCCCGCACUCCGAGCAACGACGAUGGAGGCACGAGCACCCCCAAUGGUGCUCACAAAGGGCCAGUCGGCAAAGUCCGACCAGAAAACUUCUCCAGACAAGCCAAAUGAGAAGCGCACGACAGGCUUGGGUAGAUUUUGGAAGGAAGGGUCCAAAUUCACAUUGGACACGUUCGAGAGCGCGAUCGCUCCACCCAAAAAGGAGCGUAGCAAAACUUGGUACACUUGA